AUGUCAUCAACAGGCAACUUAAAUGAUAAAUUUGAUACUAGUUUUGUGUAUCUCUUCAAAUACAUAAUUAUAGGAGAUAUGGGUAAAGAAUGAUAAUAAUAGUUAAGCUGUUGGUAAGAGUUGCCUAUUGAUGCAAUUUAUAGAUAAAAGAUUCCGAUCAAAGCAUGAUGUCACUAUAGGAGUUGAAUUUGGAGCUAGAAUCAUUAGAAUUUAAAAUGUUGCUAUUAAAUUGUCUAUAUGGGACACAGUAUCUAAAAUAUUUUUAUUAUUGAGGCAGGUUAAGAGUCUUUUCGAUCAAUUACUAGAUCUUAUUAUCGAUCAUCUGCUGCUGCUAUUAUUGUAUAUGAUAUAACAAAGUAAUCAAUCAAGAUAUAUUCUUAAUUAGGAGANAAUUUCCAAUUUUAGCAACAAAACAUUUAGUUUAUCUAUCAAAUUCAAUAUGUUCAGGUCCUAUUUUAUUAUUUUCAUUUUUAUCAGGAACUUUACCAGAAUCACUAGAAAAAGGUAAUAUUUAUAAAGCAUAUACACCUACUAAAUCUUCAAGCAUCUUUCCAUGA